AACGCCCCUCAGUCUUCAGAGAGCAGCUUCAUGUGUAGGAUCUCCACCCACGAGUACUCUCACUCCAUAGUAAUCUAGUGUAGGUAUCUAACUCAGUUUGUAGAGUUUCUAUGAAGACACUGGUUACACGGAUCUUCUCCUGAAACCCCAACAGGACAGCACAGGGCAGUGAUCUGUGGAACUACUCGCUACAUAGAUAUAAUCCUCUGCUUUGCUGCUCCUGUCCUGGUGGUCUCUUAAGAUAGCAGACAGUGGGAGACCCUCUGAGGACUUUUUGAUGGUGUUUUCCCGACUCACUCCGCUGGGAGUGUGUGAGAGAUCGGUGUGCAGAGCAGACCCGGCGUGUUAAAAUUCAGAAUGAAUAACCAGCUGAUGGCUCCGCCGGUGCCGCCUCACCACCCGAAGCCUCCCCGGCAGUCAGGCUCUGACGAGCGGGCGCUGAAGUGCGUGCUGCUCGGGGACGGAGCCGUGGGGAAGACCAGCCUGGUGGUGAGCUACACGACCAACGGAUACCCCACCAAAUACGUGCCCACAGCUUUCGACCACUUCUCUGCUGUCGUACAGGUUGAUGGACACCCAGUGAGACUGCAACUCUGUGACACUGCCGGACAGGACGAGUUUGAUAAGCUGAGACACUUCUGCUAUUCGCGCACAGAUGUCCUGCUACUCUGCUUUAGUGUGGUUAGCCCUGCCUCCUUCCAGAACGUGGGCGAGAAAUGGGUGCCUGAGAUCCGCCGGCGAUGCCCUCUGACUCCACUGCUGCUGGUGGGCACACAGUGUGACCUGCGGCAGGACGUUAAAGUGCUAAUCGAUUUAGCACGGCGGCGAGAAUGCCCUGUUCCAGAGCAGGAUGCCCGUACUCUUGCAGACAAAGUCGGUGCCGUGACCUACGUCGAAUGCUCGGCUCUCACACAGAAGAACUUGAAGGAGGUGUUUGACGCCGCCAUUGCUGCCGGCCUUCGGCAGGCAGACAGGCGAGCCAGGCGGGAACGCAAGGUUCGCAGUACAGCUGAUAAGAUGAAGAUGCUCUCCAAGGCCUGGUGGAAGAAAUACGUGUGUGUUCAAUAGCAAGAAGCAAAGGGGCGACUUCACCGACGCAAAUGGACAAAGUGACAAAGAGUGACUCUUGGCUGCUUUAGUGGACGUUGGGUGCCUCAGGCAGAUGGACUGCUAAUAAGUGACUGAGGAGCUGCUAUUGACGUGGAGGUCAGGAGUGUGAGGUGGGAGCAGUGUUGCUUCAGUGACAUGUUUACACUGCUAUGAGCCAUGCUACCGUCCUGGCAGUUUCACCAGCUUUUCUGCUAAGAGCUGUUUUAUGAGCUGUGACUGUCCCAGCUGUUCUGAACUCUUUAUCUGCUUCAGUUUGGUCAGCAAACAGGUUUACUUGGCUAUUGAAAACUCUGUAUGCUUGGAUAUCUCUGAGAUUUUCCCCUUGUUCACCAACCAGGUUCUGGUUUUGAAUCAUGCGCUCCACCUUCCUAUGUCACAAGACUUGUAUUUAUUUACUCAUGUCAGAUUAAUGUAGAUAUGAUUUAGUUUUUUUUUAUUUUCACAAUGGCACCCACAUGCUGGUGAAUAGAACCUGCUAAUAACACUGGUUAUCAACUUAAGAUCUGUUCCUAUGUUGAUUUGUUUUUUGUUUUUUUUUUUCGUUUCCCGCUCUCUCUAAGUAACGCUAUGCCCUAGUUCAAAUCAAUGGGCUGGUACUUCUUUAGUGGCCACGUCUAAAGUUUGAGGUCACGGUGCCAUGAUGUUCCUUACUCAGCUCAGUGCUUUGACAGCUGUUGCUGUUGUUGGUGGCCACCCAGUAAAUCACUUGUGACUUCUUUGAGUGUUAAGUGCUUCUCGUGUGGCACAAAAAGAAAACAAAGUACUGUACUGGCCAGCUCCCAUUUCAGACGCUUCAUUGGCAUUGGAUUAGCUUGGUUAAGUAACAUCAUAAGUAAUCCAAGAUCCAGUCAUGCCUAAAGUUUACAAAAUUUGAUCACCUUGGCAACAUGAUUUACACUGUACUUUGUGUACAGAUGGUUUCACAGGGACUGGAAGCUUUUGGGUAGGCCUGGCACAAUUAAAAAAUAUAUAUUUUUUGUUUGUAUAGUUGCAAUAAAGAAUAUUGUCAUUUUUAAAAGUAAAUUUUAUGCCACAUUGUAAUGAUAUGGUAUAAUAAUGCAAUUACAAACUGUUUUAAUAGCAAUGCACUUUUAAUUAUAAAGAAUAUUCAUCCUAACUAAAUAAAACAUUAAUAAAAUAUAACAACUAAAAUAAAAUACUGGUUCAAUCACAUUAAUUAGCUGUCCUUGCUUUGAAGAAAAAAAAAAAAAUGAACAACAGGUCAGCAAAAAUGAUUGAGGUCAUGCCCAGGCCCAUAUAUUGUACGAUAAGUUGAUAAUAUAAUUAUCGUGACAGGUCUACUUUUGCUUGUUUGUUUUAUUGGUAAAGCAUUGGUUUUACAUACAUUUGCCAAUGUGGAACAACAGCCUUUAUAUUUGAUCACACUAUAUUUUUUGUGACAUUAAUGUUAAUGACAAGCCAGCCCAAAUGUGCAGUUCCUUUGCUAUAUUCAAAAAAGCUUUAAAUGAAGUGCAGUUGUACUAGUUGUAUUGUCAAUGAGUUGAUAUAUAUAUUUGCUUCUUAUUAUUCAGAAGCCAUUUUGCUCUCAAAUGACUGAAGAAAGUUGGAAAUUAGCUUUAAGAUGUACCGCAAAAAUUGAUCAAAGCUGAGUCUGAUUUUUGUGUACACUUUACUGCUUUAGUGCCAUAACUUUAUCAGGGUAAAUCUGUAGAUUUGUACAUUUUAUAAUGGUAUAUAAUUGUCUCUUUGUUUCUAUGUCCCUGUAUGAUCACCCCUUAUGGUACAUGUGAGCAAAUGAGUGCUUUCUCAUGAUUAUCAUGGCAAAUAAAUUCAGUUCUUUGAAUUAAACCUGAAA